AGAGAACCUGACCUCCAGGAAAAUGCACAAAAGCUACAGAGCAGGAUCUGGUCUGCUACCACUAGUUUAUAUAAAAAUAUUAAGAAGACAUUAAAGGGCUUCACCAUUCACCGGCGGAGGUCAGAUGUGCAGAGAAGAAUGUCUAGCCAUACACCCACAGAGGACUCUGGACAUCUUGUGACUAAGGAGUACCUUGGUUUGGCAAGCCAGAACUUGACGCAAGCUAGUAAGAGUGUGCCUCACUUGCCCAGUUUGAACCAGGAAGUGACUCUACACAUGGGUGUCAGCGAGAGUUCAAAACUUCUCUGGACUGAAACAGACGAGGGUCUAAUGAACAAUAGUACCAAACAGGUCAUUUCAACAAUCUUGACCUCAUGCGAGGAUCAGACAUCAAAUGCACCUUGCUUCUCCACAGUAGGAAAGAAAAUAUCUGAUAUGUCCCUUGAGGUCAACAUAUUGGUAGGUGGUGUUCUGUCUCAGCUGAAGGACAUCUCCUUGUCAAGGUCCCCAACACCAUGUGAAGACAUGUUUGAACGUCUCCAAGGUUCUACUGAGCGAACCUCUCCAGUAAGUCUAGAUUGCAGCACGGCUGCCUCCAAAGGCAUUGCAUCUUCCCACAGUCUUUCAACAAAGAGCCUCCAAAAACUUUCUAGUCAUGAGUUCCAAACCAAAGCUGAGAAAGGAGUGAGUGAGGUCCUCUCUAGAUCAUUUAACAUUGUGGAGGAAGGCACAACAGAUAAGUACCUCCAGCCUGUAUCUACAUCCACCACAUCUACUGAUAUUAUACAAACCAUGGUGAAAGACCAGCAGGAGCUCACCCAGACCACCCAAUCAUCGGACAUGGUAUCUGGAACCUCCCUGCUCACCACUGGACAGGUUUCUGAGAAAAGGAUCUGGUCUGUUGCUCGUAACAUCUACUACAGUCUGCAAAGUAAGAUUACGGAGUUUCUCAGAAAAGAUCUUCAAAGAUCAGACACAACACUUGGUUCAAUCCAAAUCUUUACAUAUCAAAGCAGUCCUGCAUCACAAAGAGCAAGUCUCGGCCAUCUUGAGGUCAACCAGAGCAGUGUUACACCUGGUGGAAACGAUGCCUGUGUGGACAUUCCGCACAAAUUAUUAUCUAAAACCACUGAGCUCUCAGGAUCAAUGCUGGAGGAUAUUGACACGAUCCGUUGUAGGAGUGCUGACAGCCAAAAUACAAGAAAUACCUCUUCUUCACGCUCCUCCAUCUCUCUAACACCUACUUCAAAAUUAAGGCAGUCGAAAUGGCACUUUGCCUUACCCGGGACUCCCAUCCCCACUGAGUUUCCUGCUCAGAUUGACUUUCCCAUUGUUAGAAACACAAUCAUUGAGGACUUCUUUCACACAGAGGACUUACUUCCUGUAACCUUUGUGGACAAAGUCAGGCAAGCUGCUGGGGUGGUAGUGGACAUUAUGGUGGAAAGUGUUGAGAACACACAGGAAGAUGGACAGGGUGCUUCUCAUCUUGACGACCUCCGAUCUGCUGUUAGGAAAUUGAGAAAAAUAAUUUCCACUUGGACCAUCCACAUUUUCAGUCAUGAAUUGGUGGAUAAAGUGAUAGCCCUUCAGGACAGCCACAGCACUCCACAGGUCUUAACAUUGGAAGCAGCCAAAAGUGCUUCAGACUCCAUUCUUUCAAGGCUGAAAUGGAGAAAGGAACAAUGUGCCAUUUCCAAGGAGCUCUCCUCUCAGAUUCUCCAGAUAUUUGCUGAAGAGACAGUGAAGGGCUUCCUGAGACAGUGGUCAGAUGAGUAUGAAAACAUAAACUUUGAUGUUUCAGUCCAGAACGAUCCAAAGACUUCUACUUGCAUGGUCAUUCUUCAAAUGAUCACCAAAGCCACUGCUAAAUGUUAUUUUGAGUCCACUACCAGCGUGGCCACCAGUGACAUUGUAGAAGGCGUGUUUGAUUUGGAAAGGGAUACCAUCAGCAGUACUGGAGAGCAGGUCCUCACCUUUAACACAAAGGGUUCCAAGAAAGUUAGUAAGAACCUCUGUCCUCAUGAGUCUCUGGAGUACCAGCCUCAGAACAUUUCCCCUACUGUGUACUUUACAGAGACGAUGACAACAUCUCAUGGCUCCUUUUCUCCAGAGGGAAUUUAUGAUAUCGCAUCGUCCUUCCCACUUGAAGAGAAGAGUCGCAAACCCUCCCUUUUCACCAGAUUGUCUAGAUCCAUCACGAAAGGCUUUCUCAGCCCAUUCAAAUCUUCAAGGAAAACCAAAUUAUUUAAUUAAAUUCCUCAUUAUAAACAACGAGAGCAUUCAUUUGUUCAGAUGAGAAUCUAAUCGUAUUGGUCACAUACGCAGAAAACAACUGUGAGAUGCUUUAUUACGAGCACAUUCCCAACAAUGCAGAGUUAAAAAAGUAAAAAUAUUUUCUAAAUAGUAACACAAUAACAA